AUGUCCAUACAAACACUAUUCUCAACUUGCUUCUGGUUCUUGCUGGUGUCUAGCUACGCAGCCGCAAACGAGGCCGACACUGCAGGUUUUAUCUGCAAGUUCAGUGGUGUGACUUGCUGGUAUGAUGAUGAGAAUAGGGUUUUGAGCAUUAAGGUUAAUGGCUUUGGUCUCAAAGGAGAGUUUCCUGUUGGGAUUAAGCAAUGUUCUGAUUUAGUGGGUCUAGAACUUAGUAGAAACAACUUCUCCGGAGUUUUACCGUCAAAUAUAGGCUCCUUGGUUCCAUCUCUUACGACUUUGGACGUCUCUGACAAUCAAUUCUCCGGUGAAAUCCCUGUCUCUCUAUCAAAUAUUACCUUUCUGAACACUCUUACGCUUCAGAAUAACAGCUUCACUGGCCCACUUCCUCCAGAGCUAGUGUCACUUCCGCGUCUCACCAAGUUCUCAGUGGCAUUCAAUCAACUGACCGGUCCUGUUCCAAAUUUCAACUUGAAGUUUGGACGGGAGAACUUUGCUAGUAACGAGGGUUUAUGUGGGCAGCCUAUGGAUCCUUGUGUUGACCCGGAAGAAGAUAUAAUACGGUUAGGGAAGAUCGGUGCAGCAGUUGGUGCAGCCUUAUUUGCACCGCUAGGUGCGUUCUUAGACUGGUUCGUCUUCAGUGGUAGGAAGAAGAAGCAAGAAGAUAGAAGACACCGUAGCUGGAUUUUCCACAUUGGGGAUUAA